UCAGCGGCUUCGAAUUUCAUCUGUUAUGAUCUGAUAUAUCAUAAGAAUUGUUGAUAUAAUAGAUCUAUUACCUAACAUUUUCCGUUAACGCGGUCCUUCAAAAUGGCGUCGAGGGGGAUUUUUCGUCAGCUUCAGAAAGCGCAGAAGUCAAUUGUGAGCUCUGCACGAGUGUCUGUGAGCCUUGUGAAAGCAAGAUGUCUUUGUCAACACAUCCAGCGCAACACAAGUCCAAAUCUCUUUGGGAGACACAGGCUUGUUUGGGGCACACAGCAAGCUCGGACAAUGUUCAUCCAGACUCAAGAGACACCUAAUCCUAACAGCCUCAAGUUUAUUCCUGGUGUGACAGUGCUAGAGUCUGGAACUUUUGACUUUCCUAAUCCCCAGUCAGCCUACUGCUCACCGCUAGCAAAGCAACUAUUCAAGAUUGAGGGCAUCAAGGCAGUGUUUUUUGGAACAAAUUUCAUCACAAUAACAAGGAUUGAUGAAGACGUGGAGUGGGGUAUUCUGAAGCCAGACAUCUUUGCCACAAUCAUGGACUUCUUUGCUUCCAACCUUCCUGUUCUUACAGAUGAACAGCCCUCCUCUGACACAACAGCCCAUCCUGAUGAUGAUGAGACAGUGUUGAUGAUCAAGGAGCUGCUGGACACUCGCAUCAGGCCAACAGUGCAGGAGGAUGGGGGAGACAUUGUUUACAUGGGUUUUGAUGAUGGUGUUGUGAAGCUGAAGAUGCAGGGGUCCUGUACCAGUUGUCCCAGUUCGGUCGUCACGUUGAAGAAUGGUGUACAGAACAUGCUGCAGUUCUAUAUCCCUGAAGUACAGUCAGUGGAGCAGAUUGAAGACGAAGCUGAUGAAAUGGCCAAUAAUGAACUGAGGAAGCUGGAGGAGAAGCUUGGGGAUAAAGAUUGAGCUUCCCCAUGUACACAAGGAUAAAGAGAGAUCUGUGUGAUGAAGGAUGAAUGAUGGGUUGUGUACAAGAUGGUUUUCAGAAGCAGUGUUAGUAAUAUAGGGAUACCUUGCUGCUUGCUGCUGUGGUAGUUGAAUUCAGGGACCUCUGAAUCUAUAUUCAAUAUCUUGGUUGGGAAUAGAAACCCAUGACAUGUGUCCUUGAUUUUGAAGCCUGAAUAGACCUUUAUUUCAGGUACAUAUUUGGAAGAUUCAUACUUCAUUUAUACUCCGAGCACUGGAUACUGUUUAUGUGACAUAAUUAAGAGUGAAAUGUUUGUUUGAGUAUGUUUUUAUUAACUUUCUUUCUUCACACCUUUUGUAACAGUAAACCCGCUGGGUAUAGAUUGGUACAGCACUUGACCUGAUUGUGUGUAAUCUCAACUGUGGGGUAUCCCAGCCGUUAAAGCGUUCGCUCGUCACGCCAAUGGUCCGGGUUCGAUUCCCCACAUAGGUACAAUGUGUGAAGCCCAUUUCUGGUGUUCCCUGCCAUCAUAUUGCUAAAAGCAGUGAAAAAACAAAACUCACUCACUCAUGCUAUGUGUCUCCACCACUGGUUUGUCCUGUCCUGGUUUAAAGACCAAUGUGAUAUUAGUGUGAGAUUACUGACUGUGGUAUAAGACACCAUUACUCACUCAGUCCUGUUUAUUUACGUUGUGAAAUCACGUAAAGAAUAAGGACUUUAUAGGUAUUCCUGACAAUUGUGCAUUUAAUUACCUGGAAAAUAAACAUAUUGUUAUCAAAUUGUAAAGAGAUUAGUGUUGUUUUAUUACAGAGGAAUGUCUUAAUGUGUAUGAGAGUGUGUAAAUAUGCCAAAUGCAUUCACUCUCCCAAGUGAAGUGAUUAUAUACUUCAUUCUAAAACAUUAUGUUUUCUUGUUUCAUAGAUUUCCAUGACCAUUUCACCUAAAGUAAAAUGCCGAACUUAUUGAUUUGAAAUUUAUUGCCUAAAAAUUAUACUCAGUAAAAGAGUAUGCCAUAUAUGUUCUCUUUGACAUACAUAAAAUAUAUGCUACUUUGUUAGUUUAACAUAAACAAGAAAACAAACUGUAGAUGUUAAUUCGAGAGAAAACAGUCUUGUUGAAGCCCUCUAUGUAUACUUGUCAAAUUGUGUAGUAUCUGUGUGACGUGUGGCAUUGUGUAUGGUUGGUUUUGGUUGCAGUGAAUCUCAUUGUAAUCACUAGGUCAUAUGAAACCUACAACAAUGUUUGUUUUUGUGUUGGUACAUGCAUUCUUGGUUGUUACUGUGUCUUAUAUAGGAAUUUGUUGACUGAAAUAAAAUGUCCUCUGUUGA